AGGGUCGUUCCUCAGAAGUUUAUGAUGGUCUGCUGACCGGAUGGAAAAACUUUCUCCCUGAGUUUUUCUCUCUCUGUCUGACUGUGCAACCGGAGUCUGAUUUCUUGGCUCGUUUUAUUUGCGUUCAGACGCUUUAUUUUGCGCCGACGCGUUCUAGAGCGCGCAGUAAGCUUGUGAUGAAGUGAUCGGUGGCGCGUCUCUGGAGUCUGUAGUGAAGCGGAGACAGUCAUGGGGAACCGCGGGAUGGAGGAGCUGAUCCCCCUCAUUAAUAAACUGCAGGACGCCUUCAGCUCCAUCGGUCAGAGCUGUCACCUGGAGCUGCCGCAGAUCGCGGUGGUGGGCGGCCAGAGCGCCGGGAAGAGCUCGGUGCUGGAGAACUUCGUGGGCAGGGACUUUCUGCCGAGAGGAUCGGGCAUCGUCACCCGCAGGCCUCUGAUUCUCCAGCUAGUCAACAGUAAAGCAGAAUAUGCGGAGUUCCUGCACUGUAAGGGCCGUAAGUUUGUGGACUUUGACGAGGUUCGUCUGGAGAUCGAGGCCGAGACGGACCGACUCACCGGAUCUAAUAAGGGGAUCUCUCCGGUGCCCAUCAACCUGCGCGUUUACUCGCCCAACGUGUUGAACCUGACGCUGAUCGAUCUGCCCGGCAUGACGAAGGUGGCGGUGGGGGACCAGCCGGUGGACAUCGAGUACCAGAUCCGAGACAUGCUGCUGCAGUUCAUCUCCAAAGAGAGCUGCCUGAUCCUGGCUGUCACGCCGGCCAACACUGACCUCGCCAACUCCGACGCGCUGAAGAUCAGCAAAGAGAUGGACCCUCAGGGUCUGCGCACCAUCGGUGUGAUCACCAAACUGGACCUGAUGGACGAAGGAACCGACGCCAGAGACAUCCUGGAGAACAAGCUGCUUCCUCUGCGCAGAGGUUAUAUCGGUGUGGUGAACCGCAGUCAGAAGGACAUUGACGGCAGGAAGGACAUCAAAGCUGCACUCGCUGCUGAGAGGAAGUUCUUUCUGUCACAUCCUGCAUACAGACACAUGGCUGAGAGAAUGGGCACACCGUACCUGCAGAAAACACUCAACCAGCAACUGACGAAUCACAUCCGUGACACGCUGCCGGCGCUGCGCAGCAAACUCCAGUCUCAGCUGCUGUCGCUGGAGAAGGAGGUGGACGAGUACAAGAACUUCAAACCGGACGAUCCAGCCCGCAAAACCAAAGCCCUGCUGCAGAUGGUGCAGCAGUUCGGCGUGGACUUCGAGAAGCGGAUCGAGGGCUCCGGCGAUCAGGUGGACACUCUUGAGCUCUCCGGCGGCGCGCGGAUCAACCGCAUCUUCCACGAGCGCUUCCCGUUCGAGCUCGUUAAGAUGGAGUUUGAUGAGAAGGAGCUGAGGAGGGAGAUCAGUUACGCCAUCAAGAACAUUCAUGGAGUCAGGACGGGGCUCUUCACCCCUGACCUGGCCUUUGAGGCCAUUGUGAAAAAGCAGAUAGUUAAACUGAAGGAGCCGUGCCUCAAGUGUGUGGAUCUGGUGGUGUCUGAACUCGCCACACUCAUCCACAAGUGCACAGAGAAGUUGAACUCGUAUCCUCUGCUGAGAGAAGAGACGGAGAGAAUCGUCACCACCUACAUCAGAGAGAGAGAAAGCAAAACUAAAGACCAGGUGAUGCUGCUGAUCGACAUCGAGCUCUCCUACAUCAACACAAACCACGAGGACUUCAUCGGCUUCGCCAACGCGCAGCAGCGGAGCGCCGCCGUCAGUAAGAAGAGGGCCAUGCCCAACCAGGUGAUCAGACGCGGUUGGCUCACCAUCAACAUCAGCAUAAUGAAGGGCGGAUCCAAGGACUACUGGUUCAUCCUGACCGCGGAGUCUCUGUCCUGGUACAAGGAUGAGGAGGAGAAAGAGAAGAAGUUCAUGCUGCCUCUGGAUAACCUGAAGCUCAGAGACGCUGAGAAAGGCUUCAUGUCCACCAAACCCACCUUCGCCAUCUUCAACACCGAGCAGAGGAACGUGUACAAAGACCUGCGGCAGAUCGAGCUGGCCUGCGACUCUCAGGAGGAAGUGGACAGCUGGAAAGCCUCCUUCCUGCGUGCGGGAGUCUAUCCCGAGAAAGACCAGCCGGAGAACGAGGAGGGCGUUCCGGCCGACUCCCUCUCCAUGGACCCUCAGCUGGAGCGGCAGGUGGAGACCAUCCGGAACCUGGUGGACUCCUACAUCGGCAUCGUCAACAAGAGCAUCCGAGACCUGAUGCCCAAGACCAUCAUGCACCUGAUGAUCAACAGCGCGAAGGAGUUCAUCUACUCGGAGCUGCUGGCGUAUCUGUACUCGUCAGGUGAUCAGAGCAGUCUGAUGGAGGAGUCGGCCGAGCAGGCGCAGCGGCGUGACGAGAUGCUCCGCAUGUAUCACGCACUCAAAGAGGCGCUGCACAUCAUCGGAGACAUCAGCACCAGCACCGUAUCUGUACCUCCACCUCCACCUGUGGACGACACCUGGAUCCACACCGACCCCAGUCCUCCUUCGCAGCGUAAACCAUCCUCAGGCACGGCUCCGCCCCCUGGCCGCCCCCCUGCAGUGCGAGGCCCCACCCCCGGCCCUCCGGCCCCGCCUCCUCUUAACCCCUCCCCUGCGUUCGGAGCUCCGCCUGUUCCAUCCAGGCCCGGCCCUCCUCCAGUCAGCGCUAAUGCGUUUGGGAGUGGCUCGCUGGAGGCUCCGCCCCCUCAGGUGCCGUCUCGCCCCGCCCGUGUGCCGCCCGCUCUGCCGCCCGGCAUACCCAGCAGGAGGCCUCCAGCCGCUCCGAACAGACCCACUAUAAUCAGACCGUCAGAGCCGUCUCUGCUGGACUGAAGAGGAUCCGGACCAGAGGAGCUUUAGCACAGAGAACGCCAAAGAAAACUACAACACACACACACACACACGCGUGUCAUAGUUCAAAAAAGGGCUACUCAUCGUUUCAUUGGCGCAUGAUAUUUGAUACUCUUCCGUGCUUUUUUUUUUCCCAAGUAGUAGUACUAAUAAGACAUUUAUGAUUGAGUUAAUGCAUACGUGGAAACUCUUACUUAUGUUUUCCAGAAACGAUGAUUCCAGGGGAUUUGUUGGGAGGUAAAUGUGUGAUACAGGCGUCAUAUAGUGAAGCACAGGUCUGUUCAUUUCACACACGUGUCAUUAACACAGAAUCAUGUUUACAGGUUUCAGACAUCGACUGACCGCACUAAAGAAACACUUUAUUAACAUUCCCGAUGAAGACAUCAUUAACAUCAUUUCUGGACACUAUUUUGAACUUUUUAUAGUUUAAACCUCGUCUUAAUACAUACACAGAAUACUGUGUUCAUUAACACAAUGUAUUAUGAUACUAUUAAAUCCGCUUCUCAGUGUUUUGCCUUAAACCGUUUUAUGAAGUAAUUGUAGAUGUGAGAGAAGUCUUGUUCAGCUUCGCUCCUCCAGUACAUUGAUUUGGUUUAUAGACGUUUAGAUCAUUUUAGCUCGUUAGGGAAGUGACUUUAUAUCGUUUAUGUCUAACAUGAGAUCUUCCUUUCAUCUGCUCAUCGCUCUUUCAUUUAUCGUCUCUGUCGCUUGUUUGAUGUUUUUCAUGACAUUUCGCAAGGACUGCGAACAAAAGCAUGCUUAACCAAAAUGUAAUGAUUAUUAUUACCAAUAAAAGCCCAAUUUGUUCAGCUAAA